AUGCGUGAAUCGAUGGACUGUCGAGCAUUGAUCCUGUUGGAACAGGGAAAGGAGCAUCUCUUCGCUGCCGAUCAGGACAAAACAAAAUCGCUACAGAUGAUUUCGGUACUGCUACUUGGGAAAUUCUUGCUUCUUCGCUGCUGGCCAACGGCCGUGGCUGUCGGAGGGAGAAUCCGUCAACGUCAUCGUCAGUUGGUGGCCCAACACGCUGAACAAGUGCUAAGCAUCGGAAAAAUGCUGGCUUCGGAUGGGAUUCUGAAGAAAACAAGAAAUCCGCUCUCAAGCUGGCCAAGCUUCGGCUCAAGGCGGAAAGUGGAUGUGGAGGAAAACGUGCAGGUGGCCCUGGUAGAAAAUAUCGAAUUGGAGCAACGGAAUUCCGGGCUAUCUUUGGCGACGAUUGGUAGCCGUAAGAGUACCGAAACACUUUCUUUGUCU